UUUUAAAACCGACGUUGGACGUCGGUUAGUCACUGUUAAGACACGCGUCGCGACGCCGAGAUAUUUUGAUACGCCGCGUUCAACAUGUAAAUAAAAAUAGAUUCGGUUGUAUGGGAAAUUCAAUUAUUAUAUUUUUCUGUAUAAAAAACGUGCUUUUUUAGGAUGAAGUCAUAGUUAAUUUACUUUUAUCAUGACGAUCAGUCACCUAAAAAUCAAUAAAACCCAAACAAAAUGCUACUAAAUCCAUAACAAAGAAUCAACAAUGAACGAAGGCGUCAAUUCUCCGAAUGAAACAACGAAAAAGCCAUCAAAGAAAUCCAAACUUGAACGUAGCAUCAAACUACCGACCCCACCACCAGAUCCAUGGGAUAAUGUCCACACAACUUAUCCGAAAACGCCGGGUCCAGGAAAAGAUGCUGAGGACAAAGAAAAAACUGAGAGGUCCAGUGACAAAGACAAAGAACUUUUCGAAUACAUCGAAUCGUUGCACAAAAGUCUUUAUUCCAGAACUUCAUCGGCUUUUGCUCCAGCCAUAGUUACAGAAGAAGCGUUCGAUCAUAUGGAGAGAUUGUACAAAUUGAUGGAUCAAAUGUUAGAGUUGAGAGAUCAAAACGUAAAGCUUCAUAGGAGAAUUCGUGAUUUGGAACACCUUAAUCAGCUCGAAAGAUUGACUCUAAAUCCAGACGCGGCUGAAGAAGACUAUCCUGAUUUGGAAAGGGAUACUGCUUUUGCUGAAGCUAUAUUGGAUUCCAUGUUACAAGAUCCUAAAAAUAAGGAUCUCCCAAAAUACAAAGCUGAACGUCAUUCGUUACUGAAAAGGCAUCGUAGUGGUUCAGGACCAGAUAAACAAGUUGCAGAUGUUGCUCUUCUAGCAGAAAGAGAAAAAAAAGUUCGAAGGGAUUCGAAAUGUGACAAACAAUCGAAAGUAUCCAAAUGGACUAAAGUUAAAGCGGCUUUUAGGUAA